GACUUGAGCUCUACUGAGAGUAAUGUUACAGAGCCGAGAGCAGAGUGAGAAGACUGCGUAUCGCUAUUACCGUCACACAGCCAUUGCAGUACAUUGAGAAUCAGCAGCAACCUUUGGGAUAUUAGGAAGAUGGGGAAAGACCCAACAAAACCAAGAGGCAAAAUGUCCUCUUAUGCCUAUUUUGUCCAGACCUGCAGAGAGGAGCAUAAGAAGAAACACCCUGACACAUCAGUCAACUUCUCAGAGUUCUCUAAAAAGUGCUCUGAGCGGUGGAAGACUAUGUCAGCCAAGGAAAAGGGUAAGUUUGAGGAUAUGGCCAGACUUGACAAAGCACGUUAUGAGAGGGAGAUGAAGAAUUAUGUUCCUCCCAGAGGUGAAAAGAAGAAGAGGUUUAAGGACCCAAAUGCUCCCAAGAGACCCCCGUCGGCCUUUUUUAUUUUCUGUGCGGAAUAUCGGCCCAAGGUGAAAGGGGAGACCCCAGGACUUUCUAUCGGAGAUGUGGCUAAGAAGCUUGGAGAGAUGUGGAACAAGACCUCUGCUGAAGAGAAGCAGCCUUAUGAAAAAAAAGCAGCCAAGCUGAAGGAGAAAUAUGAGAAGGACAUUGCUGCAUAUCGAAAGGGAAAAGUUGUAGGGGGUGCUGCCAAAGCCCCCACCAAGCCAGACAAAGCCGACGAGGAUGACGAUGAUGAUGAGGAUGACGAUGAUGAUGACGAUGAUGAUGAUGAUGACGAUGAUGAGUAACUUGGUUACAGAGUAGAUCUUAGAUUCUUGUUUAUAAAAGCAUUUAACCCCCUGUACACACUUAACUAUGGCCAUAAAAUAGGCAAUUAUGGAAAAGUGAAAGUUAAGAUCGUGUAUAUCAUAUGGUUUUUAAGCUGUACAGUCCCCCUUUUGUAUAGUAACACUACAAAAGUGUAAUGUGUUUGUCUCCCCUCCUAUCCACUCCUUUUCACAAUUUCUUUAAAUGUACCAACCCCCCGUGUUUUUUUUUUUUUUUUUUUUUUUUUUUUUUUUUUUUUUUUGGGAGUAAUGGUAGUCCCUAAAGCCACUAUUUCCUCUAUUAUAGUCAAGUGGGUAUUUGGAGGGUAAAUUAAACAAUUGGCUUGAAAUUGGACAUUUUAGGUUGCACAUCACAAGUUAGUUUAGUGUGAGGUUGUAGUUGAUCUUUUUAUUGUAUUUUGUGUUUUUUUUUUUUUUUUUUUUUUCCCACAUCACUAUUGUUAGUAAAAUGCAGUAUCAGUUAUUUUACUGUUCUUUUAAUACCACUGUAAUUGCCACAAUGACUAAAAGAAGGAAAAAAAAUGCAAUUGUUACAUUGACCUACUGGUAUGCUUCUGACAUCAAUAAAAUUUUUUUUAAAUGUU